UCACGAUCGGCAACGACCGUAAUAUGGUCUAUAAAAAGCAAUCAAGUCCCUUAGUUCCAUUCAAUAGACAGCUUCUUACCAUUAUUAGGUACCUUCAUCUCGGUGAGAAGAGCUCGGGUAACCUCCAAGGUUGCCGAUUGUCUCCUAUUCCUUGAAUCCAAACAUGACAAACGAAGUAGCCCAUGAUCUCUCUCCAUUCGUCAAAACAUACAAAGAUGGUCGAGUCGAGAGACUCUUAGGCACAUCCACAGUCCCUCCAUCAACGCCCCAAAUCGGUGUCCAAUCCAAAGACGUCGUGAUCUCACAAGAACCACCCAUAUCCGCAAGGCUUUACCUCCCCAAAUCCGCCACCAACUCAACCGACAAGCUCCCUCUUCUCGUUUACUUCCAUGGAGGGGGGUUCUGUGUGGAAAGCGCCUUUUCUCCCACAUAUCACAACUACCUGAACUCCUUGGUAUCCGAGGCCAAUGUUGUUGCUGUCUCUGUUGAAUAUAGGCUUGCCCCAGAGCACCCUCUUCCGGCUGCUUACAAUGAUUCAUGGGAUGCUAUUAAAUGGGUUGCUUCUCAUUUUGAUGGGAACGGCUUUGAAGAUUGGCUAAAUCGCUACGCAGAUUGUCAUCGCGUGUUCUUCGCUGGCGACAGCGCUGGGGCUAAUAUAGCAUACAACCUGGCUUCGAAAUUAGGGUCCGAGGGGUUGGAUGGUGUUAAGCUUUUUGGGCUUGUAUUGAUACAUCCAUACUUUUGGGGGACAGAACCAGUUGGGGGAGAGUUAACUACCCCAGAAGCUACAAGAGAGUUUAUGGCUAGUAUGUGGCGUUUUGUGCACCCUUCGACUAGUGGAUCCGAUGACCCGCUUAUAAACCCGUGUAAGGAUCCGAAACUGGCGGAGUUGGGUUGUGAGAAAGUGUUGAUUUUUGCUGCUGAGAAAGAUGUGUUGAAAGAUAGGGCAUGGCAUUAUGGUGAGACACUGAGAAAGUGUGGGUGCUGUGCGGCUGUGGAGGUGAUAGAAUCAAAGGGGGAGGAGCAUGUCUUCCAUCUGUUCAAUCCCACUUGUGAGAAUGCUGUGGCCAUGAAGAAAAAGAUUUCUUCUUUCUUGAAUUAGAAAGAAAUUUUAUUGGUACUCCGAAAACAUUAAUACACAUUUUUCUCAUUUUACUUUUAGCACUUAAAACGAGUGUCUUCAUGACAUUUUUAGAAUUAUAAAUAACAGCUGCCUAUGAGUGGUUUACCCUUUUUUUU